AUGACGUCCAUCGAGCUUUCUCGGCGUUCGUCAUCGGAAAACCGUUGCGACGCAGAGGACGUGGGUCUCAUCUCAUGGCGCAAACAACCCAGUCCCAGUCGAGGCAGUCGGUUACUGCAAGCUAUCCAUAAACGGACCCCUAGGGCUCUGAGUCCGUUCAUAAGGCGGGUUGAGAAGACGGGCCAUCACAUCCUUUCUACAAUCGGUUGCUGUCCGACAAAACGAGGUUACAGAAUAUCGAAAACCCACCGCGUGCUACGGCUUGUUGGGUUUCUGGUCUGGCUGUUCAUCGUAUUAUCCGCAGUCGAGGCGGUCUUCUCACCCUCAUAUCAAACUCCACCGAAGCAUUACGAUGAUUUGCGCGAGAAGAUUCUCAGUACCACACGACCUGGCCGAGGGAAUCCGAAUGACGAAAAGAUUUUCAUAGCAAGUAAUAUCGUGCAGGAGGAGAUGAUUCGAGGUCCCUGGGGGAAUUCGCUUAUGGAAUUGGUCGACAUCCUCGGUGAGGAUAACGUCUUUGUCAGUAUUUAUGAGAAUGACAGCGGACAGGAAACUGGCGAUGCCCUCAGGAAGUUGGCAGCCGAACUACCAUGUAAUUCAUCCAUCAUCGCCGGUGAUCAUAUAUCCCUUGAGGAUUUGCCGAAAACCACCCUCCCGUCUGGAGAUCAACGGGUAAAACGUAUUGCCUACCUGGCCAAGAUUCGCAAUCGAAUCCUUGAGCCGCUUAAUUCAGCGUCUAUACCACCUAGCCCCCACCAGGAGAGCGGGUUCAACCACGUUAAAGUGAAAUUUGACCGCGUAUUGUUCCUGAACGAUGUAUACUUUUCUGCCAUCGAUGCUGCUCAGCUACUGUUUUCGACCAAUGUAGACAAUAGUGGGCGCGCUCAAUAUCGGGCAGCAUGCGCAGUCGACUUUGUGUCCAACAUCAUGUUCUAUGACACGUUUGUGGUUAGAGAUACUGAAGGCUAUAGCACCGGUUUGAUGUUCUUUCCCUGGUUUGCGCCUAUUGGGCAGGCGAAGAGUAGAAACCAGGUGCUGGCGGAGUCUGAUGCGGUCGAAGUCCAAAGUUGCUGGGGAGGGAUGGCCGCGUUUCAAGCAGAGAUGUUUCAAAAUUUCUCAGCGUCCGACUCGACAAGCCAGCUUGUCAGCCAGUUUCGGCACGACCCAGAGCCCUUCUGGGAGUCUUCUGAGUGCUGUUUGAUCUUUGCCGACUUGGAAGAUCAGUUUGGUGAUCCGAGCGUUGCAAAUCAGGCCGGCGUUUUCUUAAACCCGUACAUUCGGGUGGCAUACUCGCUGAAUACUUGGAAGUGGCUUGGAUUUUUCAGAAGAUAUGAACGUAUCUUUGCGAACUUGCAAUAUAUUGUGAGCAGACUAGCCUAUCCCGAACACAACCCGCGUCGAGCUCACGCUCCCGACCAGCUGGUGAAGGAGAAUGUGUGGCAGGGUAACGCAGACGGUCACCCGGGAGGUUCGUUCCAAAUGGUCGAACGAAGGGCGAUGCCCGGUGGAUAUUGUGGGCAGAGAAAGAUGUUCGUCAUGGCAAAGGAUAUUGAAAUGGCAAACAAGAAUGGAAUGAAGAAUUGGGUGAAAAUACCUGUUCCUUGA